CGCGCGCGCAGGCGGUCCGACGGGCGGGAGGCGGCUGCCGGCGGCGGGCAGGGAGCUCUCUGCGGGCGCAGUGCUGAUCCGCCGGCGGGCGGCCGGGAAUGCGAAGCGAUGGCCGCGGGCGGCUCGGGCAGCAGCAGCGGCGGUGGCAGCGCGGAGGAGAAGACCUACCGCCGCUUCCUCGAGCUGUUCUUAGGCGAGUUUCGCGGGCCCUUCGGGGCAGAGCCGGCACCGGCUCCCCCCCCAGCUGCCGACGCCGCCCCGGCCACCACUGAGGAGGAGCCCGGGGCAGAAGGAGAAGCGGCAACGGCCGCCGAAGCGGAGGAGGGAGAGGGCGAGGGCGACGCCGGCGACCCUCAGCCACCCGCCCCACCGCCGCCUCCCCCGCCGCUGCCCCCUCUGCCCCGGCCGCUCUCGGAGUACAUCACGGAAGAAGAGGUGGAGGGCGAGUGCCUGGACCUCUGCCUGCAACAGCUCUACAAGUAUAACUGCCCUUCAUUUUUGGCUGCUGCUUUAGCUAGAGCAACUUCAGAUGAAGUCCUUCAGAGCGAUCUUUCAGCGCUCUACUUACCAAAGCAUGUGGACAACGCAGAUGGGAUCAUACAGAUCGAGACAAUGAAGUUAGCCCGCUUGGUUUUUAGCAAGCUGCAUGAGAUCUGCAGCAACUGGGUGAAAGAUUUUCCACUCCAGCCAAAGCCUCACCGCUACUAUGAGACCUCCAUCCACGCCAUCAAGAACAUGCGCCGCAAGAUGGAAGACAAGCACGUCUGCAUCCCAGACUUCAACAUGCUCUUCAACCUUGAGGACCAAGAAGAGCAAGCUUAUUUUGCAGUGUUUGAUGGUCAUGGAGGAGUGGAUGCUGCCAUCUAUGCCUCCAUCCAUCUCCAUGUGAACAUGGUCCAUCAGGAGAUGUUCCAGCAUGACCCAGCAGAAGCGCUCUGCCGAGCUUUCCGUGUGACUGAUGAGCGCUUUGUGCAGAAGGCAGCCAGAGAGAGUCUGCGUUGUGGAACCACUGGUGUGGUGACUUUCAUCCGAGGAAAUAUGCUGCAUGUGGCUUGGCUUGGGGACUCCCAGGUUAUGCUUGUGAGGAAAGGUCAAGCUGUGGAACUGAUGAAACCCCACAAACCAGACCGAGAGGAUGAGAAGAAGCGGAUCGAGGCACUUGGUGGCUGCGUGGUCUGGUUUGGAGCCUGGAGGGUGAACGGGAGCCUGUCAGUCUCCAGAGCGAUUGGGGACGCUGAGCACAAGCCAUACAUCUGUGGGGAUGCAGACUCUGCCUCCACUGUACUAGAUGGCUCUGAAGACUACCUCAUUUUAGCUUGCGAUGGCUUCUAUGACACGGUCAAUCCCGAUGAGGCAGUCAAAGUGGUGGCUGACCAUCUAAAGGAAAAUAACGGCGACAGCAGCAUGGUAGCACAUAAAUUAGUGGCAUCUGCUCGGGAUGCCGGUUCCAGCGACAACAUUACUGUCAUCGUGGUAUUUCUCAGGGACAUGAACGCGCCAGUCAGUGUCAGUGAGGAGUCGGAGUGGACCGAGAACUCUUUCCAAGGUGGGCAAGAAGACAGUGGGGAAGACAAGGAAAACCAUGGAGAAUGCAAACGACCGUGGCCCCAGCACCAGUGCUCAGCACCUGCAGACCUCGGGUAUGAGGGACGAGUGGAUUCCUUCACCGACAGAACUACCUUAAGCGUAGGGUCCAGCAUUAACCUGUUUGAUGAUCAAGGCUAUUUAGACCUGACAAAGACAGAAACUAGUACACCUCAGAGUGCCAAAUGCCUGCCACCAGUUCAAGUGUUUAGUCCUGGCAUACCAAAGAGUGCGGCUUCCAUCAGCAGCUUAACAGUGAAGAACGAAUCACCAGAGUGCACCACAUCAUUCCUCUGUGGACAGGGUGAGCCCAGGGAGUACAACACUCCUCAAGGUUUGGGUGCUGCAGGGCUGAGCGUCUACAGGGUGAAGGGUUUGUCCCCUGUCCCCUUUGGGCUGGAAGAGGAACUGUUCAAAUCCUUGGGAAAACGAGCCGCGUCCUUUCACUUUCGGCUCUGUCAAGGGAAGAGGCGACGAGGAGCCAGGCUCAAACCAAAGUUUCCCACGCCGCUGUUGGCUCAGGAGCCUUCCCAUAUAGAAGGAUCCAGCCUGUCCCUCCCUGUCCGGGGCUGCAGUAGCAGGAGGCUGUCGCUAAGACACUCCCCGUGGCAGCAGCUGGCUGCUGGUAGUGCUUACAGCCAGAGCGUGGUUUUGAUGCGAAAACAAAGUCAUUGUAUAUCAGAGUCAUACCUUCAUCGAUGCUGGCAGAUGUAACCAUCCCUUCCUGUCCCCUGCCAGGCUCCCAGAGUAGACAUUCCCCCAGUAAAACUGGCAUCAUCCGAAGGUGAUCAAAGGUGGGCAUUUUCAAACUGUGCUCCAGUCCCCUCCAAGGCUGCACCCAUGUGUAUGUACAUAGACCUAGGAAUUAACCAAUGUAGUCCUUCAAUCUCAGUACAGUUUGCUGGUGGUGCCACCCUGCGCAACGCCACAGCCACCCACACACACCAGUAUCUAACCGCAUCCACCGGUGAGAGCCAGACAGCUGGGCCAGGUGAGCAGACCCUGCCAGGGACCAGUCUGUGAAACACAGAGAGCUGAACCUGCCUGAGGCACCUCCAUGGAGCAAUAAAGAGAGAUUCUGGGUUAGAACUGCCACAUUUUUGUAGAGUGGGGGGGAAGUUUCUGUCGAGGUGUGUGUGUGGGGGGGGUUGUGUUCUGCUUUCUGUUUAUUUCAGGCGAGCAUUAUUAAGAUGAAUUAGAAAAAUUACAUCCACUUUUGCAGGUAGAUGACUAAAAGCCAUACAGGGUUUUACCAGGUAACUUAGGAAGGACAAACUGAGCUCCUGCUGCUCUGUUCUCACACUCCAGUUGAGGUACAGACUCAUCAUUUACAUUUUAGUUGGUUUAGGUUCUUUUUGUGUAACAUGAAAUGUGGAAUAUGAAGAAAAUUGUUUGGGUUUUGGGUUUUGGUUUUUCGUAGUUUAAGCAAACAAUUGAUUUCCUAUGGCUAGAGGUGCAGUGUAGGGAAUUUCAUAUCUUUCUGGUGCUUUUAGUGGCAUUCUUCUCCUUUGUUGGUUUAGGAAACUGUUUUCAAUUAGUUUUAAUUGAACAUGAUUGUGCUUAAUGCUUUGAGCCAACUUCUUUCCACCCUGGCUUCAUCUCAGGUCUUAAAAGAACUCAAUCUGUGGAGAUGUUCAGUACAAUACCACUGUCAGUCAACCAGGCAAACCAGAGAACUGCCUCGAGAGAUAAUGAGCAACUCGAUGAGCUGUUUGGUCUCGGUAAUGACUCCUAGAUGGCAAAGGCAUCAUAUCAGGUGAGGUUACAGCAGGAAGGGAGGUAGCAUACUGCUACGGUUUGUUGUUGUGCAGCCUGUGCAGGGACAGCUGCCAGGCUGUGGAGCAACCCAGCAUGGAUGGAAACCUCAUGGAUGGGGAUGAGUAGGGGCUGCACUUAGGGUUUGGUGGAGAGGGUAACACUCACUGACAAGCCAGGGCCCUGCUGUGGUCAAAGCUGGGUUCAGCAGGGAAGUAAGGAAUGUCACUUGCCCUUAUUUUCAUCAGCAGACUGGGAAACAAAACAGGAGCCCCUGGCUCCUCCCUUCCCUCGAGGUGCUGCUAAAUCCCUAGGGGAGUGGUUAAUUGGGACGUAAGCAAGGAGGGUUCCCCUCAGCUCCGCUAAAGCCACAUCCUGUUACUAUUCUUUGUCACAGCAAGACACUUGGAGGAGUGUGAAUGAAAUCUUCACAGGCGUUUCUUGUACAAUUCACAUCAUUUCAGCAGUAGCAGUUUAAUGCCAGUAUUAGUAUUUAGCUAGAAUCUGCAGAGUAGUUUAGUGUUAUGUAGUUGGGAGAUUAUUCCACACGGCGAGAUGGCAAGGCCUGAUUCCUGCCAGUUUCCACUUCUUUGAUGCACUAUGUUAAAAGCAAUCUGAUGAACAGCAAAAGGCAUUGGCAGUAUCCAGGAGCUGGAGCGUGGCUUUAGGUUCCUUUGAUCUUUUUCAGCCUUUUUGUUAAUCUUAAUGGGAUCAUUGGCUCUUAUCUGUCAUCUUAUUCCGCCUUAGCUGUUGUCAACCUUCUCUUUAGCUGCAGCAUAUGUUCCCAGUCAGAUUUACUGAGGAAAUCUUUGAGAAACCAUGAAAAUGAUAAAAUAUGCAACUCCAGGGCAUCUCUGCGGUGCCUUUGUUUUGAAUUAUUCACAGUAAUAACGAGGCAUUGAAAGUCCAUCCUAGGGCUGACUGUCAUGCUUCGGAGAGAGGGGUGGUGUAAGUGCAAUUCUUCGUGUGAGUAAAUUAGAAUGAGAAGCAGUUUGUGGAUGGUUAAAACUUCUUCCCAGUCUGCAGGAGCAGUUGAAGAGCACUGGACUGUGUGUCUGCUGGUUUGGGAAGGAUCUAGCUUUUUAGGUGUGGACUCAUAAAUAAUAAUUCCACCACUCACACCGUUUAUCUUGCUAGGACAUCAAUCUACCAUCGUAGUUGCAGUGUGGUCAGGUAAAAAAAAUAACAACAUUGUGUAGAUAGCAAAGUGUUCAUUUCAUUACUAACUGCAUAUUUAUAGAGUAGAUAGGAACCAUUUGUAAGGUAAGUCCUUUAAAGUUCUUCUAAUAUUACAAGUAGUGGUUAUUGGUCUGAUAUAUGCUGCUCUUGAUCCUACACACUAGACAAAAAAGCAGUGCUUUGUGAAAUGCAGUGUUUGCUCUUAAUGCCACUGGUGAUAGGAAGUAGUUCUCUUCGUUUCCAACUCCUGUGCCCUUAUUUGCUGCUUGCUGACGUAAGCAAUAAUCCCCCUCUAACGGUAUCUAAGUGUUGUGUAUCUCGUACUUAGAUUGUCUAUCUGGUGACAAGUGUACAAACUAUUAGGCUAAUAUAAAGGUAUCUAAUUGUAUUUAUUAAGUGUUGAUACUGAGAAUUCAGUCUGUGACCUGUGUUUUUGUAUCUUUCUCGUGUAUCUUAGUGGUGGUGAAAUUUGUAUGACGAAUCUUUCCAAUAAAGAGCUGAAGUAUCCCUGUUCCGCGUUAACACAACCCGCAUCAGUUUCAGUUUACGUGUGUGCAGAUCUAGGAGGUAGGCAGUGAAAACAUUUUUCUCUAUUUCCUUUUUUUUUUUUUUCGUUUGUUUUGAAUUUGUUGGUUUUGAGGUGGUUUGUUUGAAGCUGCUCAAAACUUGCUCGUAAGCUCUUCACUGUGAGUAGGGGUGGGAGCCACUCGAUCCCCUCGCUGGUAGUUUCCUGUGUACUCUGUAAAUGUGCAACUCUGAGGAAUGUCUGCGCUGCAGAGAGCAGCAUAGCACCAGACCAGGGAGCUGUUAACCCAUUUCGAUUUGCACUAAAGGUGGGUGGAAACACAUGUAUAUAACUUUUCUUUACCUAGAAGUGCCAUCAAUUGUCCUCGCAGGCUAACACCAUCCAGCAUUCGCGUUUUCAGAUUGCGUUGUGACACGGCAGGACAAUGUCAAAGCAGACUCUUUUUACACCACAUUUAUAGUGGUUCGUCGUCACAGAAACGCCGCUCUGUGUUCGGAACACUGUGUGUCAGUGAGAAAUGCCUUGUCCUAGGGGCAGAUAAGAGUGAGGCAUAACCAGUUCAGUGUUAGAGACACGGCUGCUGUAGUUCAGGUCCGCUAUCUCCUCACUAAAUCCUCCCCCACCCUGGCAAUGUUCUGCAGGAAAAAAAUAAUUUAAAUAAAAGGCAAUGAGAAAGAUUGGUCUAAAUUAGGGGCUGGUUUAGCACAAUUCACUCAGCACCAGUCACAUAAACAAAGCCAUCCAAGGGGAUACUGCAGCUUUGUUCAUGCCUGUAACUUAGGGCAAUCUUUCUUUAAGUCAUAGCCUCUUUGCACCAGGAACAAAACUUUCUACCCUUGUAUCAUGUGCAAUAAGUAAUAACGAAGCAUUAACACAACUUCUGACUUCAGUGUUUGUUUCCUUUCCCUGUCCUUGCUGAUCAGGCAAUUGCACUGUACUUGCCAGCAUUUAAGCUAAAGAAAAAGAAAGUAACCCCCACCUAUUAGGGUCUAGUACAACCCUUGUAUAUCACAAUCACUUCCUGUUAGGUUGGUUUUUUUCUCUCUUUCACUCUGGAAGACACGUUGGAACAAGAGCAGGGGAAGCUGGCCGAGAUCACCCUGCGCACUCCGCUCCUGCACCAGUACUCGUGGCACUAGCCAGGCAGGGUGGCAGUCGCUGCACAGGGUGCUCCUCUUUGACCUUUCUGUAUGAUCUUGUUCAUCAAACUAACUUGUUCUGUAUGAAGUGAAUGAAUGAAAGCUAACCAUUUAACUUCCCCUUAGCACUCCUGUUCCACAGUUCACAUAUGAGUUUAGUUAUAACCAUGUAUUAGUCAUCCAUACUUUAUUUAUGAAAGCUGUUUAUACAGGAAAAAAAACCUGUUGGAGUUUUACCAGUAUCUUAAUAAAAGAGUAAUUUAAACCACA